ACUGCAAACAGCUGUGGAAGCGUCUGCUUUGUACACGCGUUUCGCUGAGCUGGUCAAUGGAUUACACAGUUUCCCUACAAGUGCAACAUCAACUGGCUGUCUUCCCGACACACUUGUACGAGGGUUACAGUUUGGAGUUACAGAUGAAGUCUACAGAAGUGGACCAAGGGCUUUUCACAGACACCUACUGCAAAGUGUGCAGCGCUCAGCUCAUCUCCGAGUCCCAGAGGAUCGCCCACUACGAGAGUCGGAAACAUGCCAAUAAAGUACGACUGUAUUACAUGCUACAUCCCGUGGAUGGAGGCUGCCCAGCUAAGAAACUCAGAACAGACAAUGGAAGUGAGGAGGGAGAUGUGGACAAGAACAAGUGCUGCACGCUGUGUAACAUGUCCUUCACCUCAGCAGUGGUGGCACAGUCACAUUACCAAGGCAAAAUCCACGCCAAGAGACUAAAGCUGCUGCUGGGGGAGCAGCCUGCCAUCACAGCCAAAGAGGUGCCGCCCAGUCCGGUGAAAAGUUCCUUGGAAACUACCCCGGUGACCUCUCCUCGGCAGCGCAGGGACUCAGACCGCUACUGCCAGCUAUGCAACGCCUGGUUCAACAACCCAGGCAUGGCGCAGCAGCACUACGACGGCAAGAAGCACAAUAAAAACGCAGCUCGCGCUGUCCUCCUGGAACAGCUGGGCAAGACCCUGGACAUGGGAGAGAUGAAAGGUCUGAAACGUAGCUAUACGUGUGAAGUCUGCAAUGUCACACUCAACUCUGUGGCACAGUACCAUGCACAUCUGCAGGGCUCAAAGCACCAAAACAACCUGAAGAAUCAGAUAUGUGUCCAGUGAAUCUUGAAGAACAAAAUAAACCAUUGGAUUGAUGUCAGACAAGCUGUGGUCAGCUUGCCCUGCUUUUUCUGCCUCUGCUCUGCUUUCUCUCUCUACCACACACACACACACACACACACACACACACACACACACACACACA